ACAAGCAGUUACGUUGUAUUUUUAUUUGACUACACUGAUUUAUUUCUGGUGAGUGCUCCAGGCGGCCGGUGUGGUCAGCCCGCUGCGCACGGUGAGCGGCAGUACAGUACGCAGGACUUCCGGGGAGGAGGAGGUUUACUAAACGGCAGCAAAAUGGAUAUCCGGCCAAAUCACACGGUUUACAUUAACAACUUGAAUGACAAAAUAAAAAAAGAUGAGCUGAAGCGAUCGAUGUACGCACUAUUCUCGCAGUUUGGCCAUGUAAUGGAUAUAGUGGCUUUAAAGACCAUGAAGAUGAGAGGACAGGGUUUUGUCAUCUUUAAGGAGCUUAGCUCAGCCACCAACGCGUUACGGCAAUUACAAGGCUUUCCUUUUUAUGAUAAACCAAUGCGCAUUCAGUAUGCAAAGACUGACUCUGAUGUGAUAUCUAAGAUGCGGGGAACAUUUGCCGACAAAGAGAAGAAGAAAGAGAAGAAAAAAAAUAAAGCUCAAGAACAGGCCGUUAAUGCAGCGAAUAAAAAGCCUGCACAGGAAACGGAUAAUGCAUCACCGGGAGGGGCGCAGAACCAACAGGUGCCAGACAACCCGCCAAAUUACAUCCUUUUCUUGAAUAAUCUACCAGAGGAAACCAAUGAAAUGAUGCUUUCCAUGUUGUUUAACCAGUUCCCUGGCUUCAAAGAAGUGCGUCUGGUUCCUGGAAGACACGAUAUUUCUUUUGUAGAAUUUGAGAAUGAGAACCAGGCAGGCUCUGCGCGUGAUGCACUUCAAGGAUUUAAGAUUACGCCGUCUCACGCUAUGAAGAUUACAUAUGCUAAAAAGUAAAACAUUUGGGAUUACUGGAUUUAUUUAUGACUUUGUAUUGUUGGAAGAACUUACAGUGCCUGGUGCAACAUUCGAUUAUAGUGGAAUUACAGGUUCUGUAUGUGCUGUAAUUCACACUGAUGCUAGUUUUGUACAAAUAAAUGUUUUUGUUUCUUUUAAA